AUGGGGGGAGGCGCGCGGGAGGCUGCGGACGAAGGCGGGGGAGUGGCGGUUGCGCGGAGCGGCGACGGGUCGCGGGCGGGGAGUGCUGACGUAUUCGCAGAGAGCAGCGGUUUUAAAGACAGGAGGGAAGCGCUAGGCGCAGCGGAGCGCGGGGGUUUUGGGGUCGUCGGUUUAGCGCUGUGUGUUGGGAGGGGGGAUGGGAUGAAGGAUGAAGGGCAGGAGGAGGAGCAUGAUAUAGAGGGAGAUGGUAAGGAGGAUGAAGGGGCUUUAUGCGACGGGAGGGAAGAAGAAGCGGUUGGAAGGGAGGAAGGGGGAGGGGCGCUUGUGCGGGGCUGUGGCGGAAGCAGGUUGGCGGAAGGUAGUGCGGAGGACGAGGGGGAGUGGGGGAGUGAGUACCCUGGCGGGGGAGGUGUCUCGAGAGACAGUCAUGGGUAUGAGCCGACGGCGCGAGGGCAAGGGGACGGGCGGGAUGCAGAGAGGGGAGGGGGGGGUAACGAUGGGGAGGCAGAAGAGGCGGCGGCUGGCUCACGUCCUGACUGUCAGACUGUUCCUGCCGUAGCUCCUGCCGCUCCUGCCGCUCCUGCCGCUGCUGGUCGUGCUGCUGGUGGUGGUGCUUGUGGUGGUGGUCGAGAUGGUGUCGCGGAAGAGAUAACGGUAACCCCAGCAGCUACUGCGUCUGUGGCGGCGGCAGCGGCGGCGGUGGCGAGUGCGAGUGCGGAAGCCUCGGUACCCAGCACAGGUGCGGAAGUGGCUGCAGUAGUGGCGGCGACUUGCGCAGCACAGGCGGAGGGUGCGAACGAGAGAGAAGGGGGAGGAAGACGGGGGAGGGAAACGGGAAGGGAGAGGGAAAGGGAGAGGGAGAGGGGUGCAGCGGGCAAGAGAGCGAGGGCGUUUUCAGGAGGCCUGUGGGGAGAGACGCAGGCGGAGGCUCACCAUGGGAUGCAGGGCGACGGGCGAGAGGGCAAGCGACUGAGAGAGACAGCGGCCGCGGAGGAGGGGGCGCGGAGUGGGGUUGCGGGGGAGCGGGAGGAGCGGGAGGAGCGGGCGGGACUGGUGGUGGGUGGGGCAGGUGCGGCGGGGAGAGAAGGGACGGAGCUGGUUGGCUGGAAGGCGAAGGGGGGAGAGGAGGGGGAGGGGGAGGAGAGCGGGAGGGGGGAUGGAGAGCAGGGGGCAAGGGGGGGCGAGCAAGGCGCAGGGGAGGGAGAGCGGGGACUGGAGGGGGAGGUGGGGAAGGAUGUGGUGGAUGGGAUGGACGUGGAUGAUUCAAGGGCUGUGGGCGGUGGAGGCGUGGAGGAGAGAGAUGGAGGUCUGGAGAGAGAUGGAGGUGUGGAGAGAGAUGGAGGUGUGGAGAGAGAUGAAGGUGUGGAGAGAGAUGAAGGUGUGGAGAGAGAUGAAGGUGUGGAGAGAGAUAGAGGUGUGGAGAGAGAUAGAGGUGUGGAGAGAGAUGCAGGGGAGAAGAGGGGGGGAGGAGCUGAAGCAGAGGGGACUAUGGCAGGGGCGGAGGAAGGAGGGGGGAGGGAAGGGAGCGGCGAGGGAGGAGAGAAAGAGGAGGGGUGUCAAGGUGAGGAUGGCGGGAUGAUGGGCGCAGAGGCAACUCCACAAGACGUAGAGACGACUGUUGAGGCGCCUCAAAACUCGAUGCCUGCGGAUGAAGAUCGAAGUAAGGAUGGCGGGGUGACGAGCGCGGAAUCGACUCCAUGGGACGACAUAGCGGCGACUGUUGAGGUUGAGGUGCCUCAAAACUCGAUGCCUGCGAGAGAAGAUCGAAGUAAGGAUGGCGGGGUGAUGGGGGCAGAGGCAAUACCACGAGACAUGAGGGCGGAAGCGGGUGUUGCUGGAGCAAGGGCACAUGAAGGAGGGACAACAGAGGGAGCAACAAAGGGAGCAGCAGGGGGAGCAGAAGAAGGAACGGCAAGAGCAGCAGAGGCAUGCGUUGUGGAGAAGCGUAUUGAGGAGGAGAGGGAAGUGCCGGUGGUUGGGGCGAGAGAGGCAGUUAUUGCUACCUCCGGUGCCGCACCUGGCAUGUCACGGGAGAAUGAAGGGUUUGCCAUGGGGAAAGAUGAUGUGCAGGGUGACGCGACUUUACAGUGGACUCAAAAGUCACGGGAGAGUGGAGGGGUUUCCAUGGGGAAAGAUGGUGUGCAGGGUGAGAAAGGAGGGAGGGAGGAGGAGAGUGCAGGGGACGUUGUGGGGAGCGGUGGUGGGUGCGAGGCGGGGAGAGGAGGGGAAGCUUCUUGUGCUGCUGCCGCUGGUGAUGGUGCUGAAGGUUGCAGUGAGCAACAAGUAAAAGUGCAAGCAGAGGUGCAAGCAGAGGCGCGGAGGGAACAGGCAACCGAGGAGGCUGCUCCCAUGCCUGCUGAUGCAACCCUAGCAGCACAAGCACCAGCAGCGGCUGCUGGAGGUACAGAGGGUGCACGCACUCACACGCAAGUGGCACCUGCUGGUGCCGCAGAGAUGGUGGGGGUGGGCAGGGCAGAGUUGCUCUCACAGCUGCAACUGCAGCAGCGGCAGCAGCAGCAGCAGCAGCACCAGCUGCAACAGCAGCACCGGCAUUGGCUCGAAACGAACCUCCAGAUGGCCCUGCCCGGCCUGCCCCCCUCCGCCUCCUCCCCCAACGGGCUCUUCGCCUAUGCUCCUCCUCCCGCCGCACCCCCUGCCUUCCCCACCUCUGCCUCCUCCCCCACCCAACCCUCCACUGCUGCUGCCGCUGCUGGGGAGGCUGGGUUCUUCAACCCUCCAGACCCUGCGGUGGGGAGCUUGGGCGGGGUGGGUGGCGGUAGUGGCAGUGGUGGUGGUGCUGCUGCUGCUCCUCAGCUAUUGUUGUUGGAGGGACAGGUGGUGGAUGGAGCAAAGGGGCACCAGGGUGUAGGUCCUCUGUCGCCUGUUUCUUCCCCUGAGCAGCAGCAGCAGCAGCACCAGCCGCAACAGCAGCAGCAGCAGCAGCAGCAGCAGCAGCAGCAGCAGCAGCAGCAGCAGCAGCAGCAGCAGCAGCAGCAGCAGCAGCAGCAGCAGCAGCAGCAGCAGCAGCAGCAGCAGCAGCAGCAGCAGCAGCAGCAGCAGCAGCAGCAGCAGCAGCAGCAGCAGCAGCAGCAGCAGCAGCAGCAGCAGCAGCAGCAGCAGCAGCAGCAGCAGCAGCAGCAGCAGCAGCAGCAGCAGCAGCAGCAGCAGCAGCAGCAGCAGCAGCAGCAGCAGCAGCAGCAGCAGCAGCAGCAGCAGCAGCAGCAGCAGCAGCAGCAGCAGCAGCAGCAGCAGCAGCAGCAGCAGCAGCAGCAGCAGCAGCAGCAGCAGCAGCAGCAGCAGCAGCAGCAGCAGCAGCAGCAGCAACAGCAACAAAUGCAGCAACAGCAACAAAUGCUGCAGCAGCAGCAGCAACAGACAAACUUUUUUAAUUCCUCUCUCGCCUCUGGACCCUCGCUUCCUCCUCUUGCUCCUCCCUCCACCCACUCUGCCUUCCUCUCUUCCCACUGGGCCUUAGCAGCAGCGGCGGCUGCUGCUGCGCCAAAUCCGCCCCCUGCUACUGCUCCUUUUGCAACUACACCAGGACAAGCCCAAGCACCAGUGCCCAUGCAAGUGCCAGUGCCAUCAGUAGUGCCAGUGCCAGUGCCGGUGCCCCUCUCCGUCCCCAGGCCUAUGGACAUUCCCCCUCAGUUCGUGCACAUUCACACAGCAGCGGCCGCUGCAGCAGCAGCAGCAGCGGCAGCAGCAGCAGGUGGAGCAGGAGCUCCCGCGUGGCUCACAUCCUCUGCAAUCCGACCAGUGGCCACUAAUGCACCUCCGGGAACCUCUGGCUCUCCCUGGGUUGGGGCCACGGCUGUCAGAGAGGGGCCAAGGGAGGGAGGGGUUUCUGCCAUGGGGGGGCAGUCUUGGGACUCAACUCACCCCCCCUCAGCAGCAGCAGCAGCAGCAGCAGCAGCAGCAGCAGCAGCAGCAGCAGCAGCAGCAGCAGUGGCAGCAGGGAGUGAACCAGGUGUUGGGUGA